AUGAACAACUCAACGGAUGCCUUGGUGCAGUUGUGGAACAUGUGUGUCACUUCGCAGGGCAGCUGCCCCGAGCAAGGCCUUCAGUGGGACACCUUGCGGCGAGUCAUGGAAGGCUUGCCCGUGGCCCGCUGCGAAGCACUGAAAACCAACAGCGUCGACGAGAUAUUGAGCUAUCAUUUCGGCCCACAUGCAGCAGGAGGUGUUCUGAACUACGUAAACUUCACUCUUUUCUGGCAUGGCAUGGAAGCCAUUCUACAGACCGCUGGGGUCUUCAACCAUCGCGGCUUCGAUGACGGCACUCUGCAAGUCAUUGCUAGUCUGCGCCAUUUCCGGGAUGCUGUGCUGGAGCUUCCGGGUGCUUUCGGUGGGUCACUCGACGAGCAGCCGUUGGCGGAGUGUCACGUGCGAGAGCUGCGCAUCCUCUACGACCAGCUGCACCACCAGGGCCUUCUCUCGGGUUCUGGAGCGGUGGCCGAGUAUUGGGCUGACAAGCUGCGGCAGCUGCCCAAAGACGAAGAGAAUCUGAUGGUCUCUGCUGACGAAAUCUCGGCUGCAUUGCUGCAGUGGCUCGAAGACCUUCUCGGCUACGCCGAAGGAUCCGAGGAUGCCUCAUCCGAGGAGCCGGAGCAAGAACUUACACCAGAGGUGUUUGCUGCACGGAGCUUGCUAAAGAAGCCGGAGGGCCAGGAUGCCAGGCGUGCAACGGGGGCCACAGGUCGUCUUUCCUGGCUACUCAAGCCAGAUGUUGCCGAGAAUGUGGAGGUGGCCAAAUUUCGCAGCUCUCUCCGAGAAGUUUUUCCGCAUGAUGACAUCUCGCUGCGCGACUUCUACCGCGGCGUGCGAGAAGCCAUUCCAGAGUCUGCGGCAGGUAGCUCGGACAGCCGAUCAGGUGGCCAGGCAUUAAGGGCUGGCGUGGCCCUUCUGCAGAACCUGGUGCGCCGGAAGGUUCGCCUAGCAGUUUCACGGAUGCUGCCGCAGAGGCAGGCUCCAGCCAGGAAGCCCAGGUAUUCGCGCUUGGAUUCUGGACUCCGAGCCGCUCGUCCCGGGACGCCGAGAUCUGAGGCUUGUGGUGUCAUAGCUGGCCUCGUUUGCAGCCAGGCUGUCGCUGCAAAGGUGUUGGACAGGCGAGCACAUCUCGCACCCAGAGCCUUUUGUACUGCGUGGAUCUUGGAAAGAGCUCGACGGCGCUGGCUGGUCAACGUUGUCACCAUUUGGCGAUCACGUCUCAAGGAGCAGUCAUUGCCAG